GACUUCAAAUUCAUCCAGCAUGUGAAAAGGAAAUUAGUUAUGUGUUGAGGUUUAAAAAUCGGAUCUCGAGACGCGCAAUUAAACCAAAAUGACUGGCUUGACCUAUCGUCCUAUCGUUUAUGGGUUUAACUAACACUAUAGGGUCUGAAAUGGCAUCUAUUCAAGUAAAUAACAGUGUUCGUUUUUAAAUGCAUUGGUCUCAUUCAGAUGCUUGGCGUUUUCCAUUAUAGGCAUACUAUCCUACGACGUCGUCCAUAAAAAAAAAAAAGAGGGCCAUCCCCCACCGCACACACUGACGCUUUGGAGCUCCCCCUCGCUGCGUUCAUCGUGAUCUAGUGUAUGCAGCGUCUUCUCGAGCGCGCAGGGUCACCUUCUGUCAUUGCUGCUGAGAAUUGGUGAUAUUUUGCAGCAUUUGGGCUAUUGGGAGAGCGCACCUGACCAUCUCGCCCCGGUGAUCUCCCCCAGGGGACCAACGCGCUCUGCAAGGUUUAUGGAAACCUGACCUCCUGAUUGGUGGAGAAGUGUAUGUGGAACUCAGGUCUUCUGCAGAGGACACAUUUAGACUUGAGCGUGCUCUGCCACAGCCACCAAAAUGUCCGUCUCCUACGAUGAGGUUGCGGGUGCAGGUGUAGACGACACCAUGGACAGCUUCUGGGAGGUAGGGAACUACAAACGUGCUGUCAAGAGAUUCGACGACGGCCACCGGCUCUGCAACGAUCUGAUGGGAUGCCUGCAGGAGCGGGCCAAGAUAGAGAAGGCAUACGGUGACCAGCUGACCGGCUGGUCCAAGAGAUGGAGGCAGCUCAUAGAAAAAGGCCCGCAGUACGGCUCGGUGGAGCGCGCCUGGCUGGCGGUGAUGACGGAGGCAGACAAGGUGAGCGAGCUGCACCAGGAGGUGAAGAACGGCCUGGUGAAUGAGGACGUGGAGAAGGUGAAGAACUGGCAGAAGGAGGCCUACCACAAGCAGAUGAUCGGCGGCUUCAAGGAAGCCAAGGAGGCCGACGAGGGCUUCAAGAAGGCCCAGAAGCCCUGGGCCAAGAAGCUCAAAGAGAUGGAGGCGGCUAAGAAGACCUACCACUUGGCGUGCAAGGAGGAGAAGAUGGCUGCCACCAGGGAGGCCAACGGCAAGACGGAGGCCUCGGUCACACAGGACCAGCAGAAGAAGCUCCACGAGAAGACGGACAAGUGCAAACACGACACGCAGAAGGCCAAGGAGAAGUACGAGAAGUCUCUGGACGAGCUGUCCAAGUGCACCCCGCAGUACAUGGAGAGCAUGGAGACGGUGUUCGACCAGUGCCAGCAGCACGAGGUCAAGAGGCUGACCUUCCUGAAGGAGGCCCUGCUGGACAUCAAGCGCCACCUCAACCUCACUGAGAACCAAAGCUAUGCCACAGUAUACAGGGAACUGGAGCGCACCAUCCUGGGGGCCAACACCCAGGAGGACCUCAAGUGGUUCAGCAACAACCACGGCCCUGAGAUGCAUAUGAAUUGGCCAGCGUUUGAGGAGUACAACCCCGAUGCGGCGAGCGCUCCUAUUAAGAAGAAGAAGCCGGACGGAGCCCCGCCCACUCCCAGCACUGACCACGUGGCUCCGCCCGGCGACCGCAGCAGCGUGAGCAGCUACGAGAAGAACCAGGCCUAUUCCACCGAGUGGUCGGACGACGAGCAACCCGCCGGGAACUCUGGCAACGAAAAUGGUGGCAACGGAAACUCCUUCGAAGACGACUCUAGCGUGGGGAAACCACAGGCCACAGGGGUCCGUGUCCGCGCCCUGUAUGACUACGAAGGACAGGAGCAGGAUGAGCUCACCUUCAAAGCAGGGGAUGAGCUGACAAAGACCGAAGACGAAGAUGACCAAGGCUGGUGUAGAGGUCGCCUGGAUACGGGCAAGGAAGGACUCUACCCAGCCAAUUACGUCGAGCCUAUCUAGACACGUGACUGGACGGGGACCUGCCAUUGGAGGCAGCUUGAACUGUCGCGUCCAAUUGCACCGCACAUAGCCAGAGACUUAAGAGCAACACAUCCCUUGUCCGACUGAUGAGCCAAGCAGUCUUGCCGAAAUAAAAACGUAGUAACCUAAAAAGACGAUAUAUCGGUAUAAUAUAUUUUAUCAAGCAUUUGGGGUGGGUGAACAUAAACAUUUAGGAGAUAAGAGCGUCGGCGGUUAUAGCAGUAUAUUAUACACACUCCAAGCAUAACAGAAAGCCAUUGCAGGGAUACACUUUGCUUUAUGUAGCUGUAUUCAAUAUAAUGGAGCAAAAUCUGAACAUGCUUGCAUUGUGGUUUUCUUGUCAAAUUGGGAGGACAAUAUAUUAGAUCAUACCUAUUCUACAAAGACAAGCUUGUCGAACUGCAUUGUGUAUAUAUAUAUGUAUAUAUACAGUAUGAUGCCAUUUCUCUGUUGCAUUUCAAUGCCGUGUGUGUGUCAUCAUUCUUACAUUGGGAAUGCUAUGUGUUGUUAAAAAGUAACACAAAUUGUA